CCGAGCCUCAUGUCCGCCUCUCCUUCCUCUCUGCUGGAUUAAGAGCUGGAUUAUUCUGGGAUUCUGCCUCCAGAUCAAUGAGCCUGCUGCUGGAAUAUGGGACUUUUCAUGUGGGCUUUGAACCAUGGGCACGGGGAAGUGUGUGUGUGCGCUCAGCUCUGGGUGAUUCUCAUAACUCUUGCAGGUAGGACUCCUCCCACCAGCUCGGACUCGCUCCUCAGCUCCUCAGCAGUGAUGUCCAGUCUGGCUCCGCCCACCGUCUACCUGCCCGCCACCUUCAAGAUGUCCAACGCCCAGCUGGCCUUCUUCCUGCGGGAGGCGGAGGGGGCGGGGCCGCCGGGCGGCGGUGGCGGCGGCGGCCACCCGCUGCAGCGCUCGGAGAGCUUCGUGGUCUUCCAGACCAAGGAGCUCCCCGCCAUCAACAUCAGCCUGGGGCCGUUCGCCCGGGACCAGGCGCUGAGCAAGGAGCUGCUGCAGCCGGCCGGCGCCCUGGACGUCCCGGGACGCCUCACCGUCAGCUGGAAGGUGCGCGCCUUCAUCGUGCAGGCCCGCGUCUUCUCCAACAGCCCCGCCCUCCAGGUCUUCUUCUACAUCGCCGGCCGCGACUGGGACGACUUCAAGGCCCAGGACCGGCUGCCCUGCGUGCGCCUGCACGCCUUCCGCGACGUCCGGGAGAUCCAGACGUCCUGCCGCAUGAAGGGCAACCUGGCGCAGUGCCUGGCGCAGCUGGAGCUGCCGGCGUCCUGGUUCAACUCCAACGUGGCGCCGCUGGGCCGGCGGAAAGGCUCGGGCGACGCGCUGCUGGACGGGCUGGGCGGCGAGACGCUGCAGGCCGAGCUCUACUACACGCUGCACGAGCCCGACGCCGAGGGCGAGUGCGGCGGGGGCGGGGCCGGGGGCGGGGCCGGCGCCAGGCCCGAGCCCCCGCCGCAGCACCCCCUGCUGCGCAUCGGCAGCAUCAGCCUGUACCAGGCCGGCCAGGAGCAGCUGCUGGCCGACAAGCAGCUGGACAAGAACAUGUUCCUGCGGCUGCCCGAGAAGCCGCUGAGGCCCGGAGAGACGCUGCGCAUCUUCCUCUACCUGAUGCCCAACUCCACCAUCGACCAGUUCACGCUCAAGGUCAAGGCCAAGAAGGGGGUGAACCUGCUCCAGACCCGGUCCAAGAACGCCCAGUGGAAGGUGGAGUGGGAGGUGCAGUCCGGGGCCAAGCACUCCAUCACCACCAUCGACGUCAGCAAGAACAGGGCGGCGAAGCAGGGGGAGGUGCUGGGCAACGUGGAGGUGAUGCAGCUGGACUUCGAGAUGGAGAACUUCACCAGCCUGUCAGUCACCAGACGGAUCAACUGGAACAUCGACUACAAGGGGCAGAACCCGCCGCCCGACUCGGAGAAGGUGGUGACGGAGCUGACGGUGGUUCAGCGCGACAUCCAGGCCAUCAUCCCUCUGGCCAUGGACACGGAGAUCAUCAACACCGCCAUCCUGACCGGGCGCACCGUGGCCAUCCCCGUCAAGAUGGUGUCCAUCGAGAUGAGCGGCGCCGUCACCGACGUGUCGGCCUUCGUUCAGUGCAAGUCGUCCAACGAGGACAUCGUCAAGGUGUCCAUGAAUUGCGACUACGUGUUCGUCAACGGGAAGGAGACGCGCGGCUCCAUGAACGCCAGGGUCAUCUUCAGCUUCGAGCACCUGAGCGCGCCGCUGGAGCUCACCGUCUGGGUCCCCAAGCUGCCGCUGCAGGUGGAGCUGUCCGACUACAACCUCAGCUUCAUCAAAGGGUGGAGGGUUCCCAUCCUGCCCGACCGAAGGAGCACCAGAGACAGCGACACGGACGAGGAUGAGGACGAGCGGCGGGUGAGCCGCGGCUGCACCCUGCAGUACCAGCGGGCCCUGGUCAAGGUCCUGACCCAGUUCCACACCACCUCCACGGAGGGCACGGACCAGGUCAUCACCAUGCUGGGGCCGGACUGGCAGGUGGACGUCACAGACCUGGUCCAGGACUCCCUGAAGGUGGCCGACCCCCGGAUAGCAGAGCUGGUGGACCGGACGGUCCUGGUGGGUCUGGAGCUGGGAUCCACCGUGCUGAAGGUGGAGUCUCCGCUGGCGGUGGACGCCGUGCUGGGGGAGGCGGCGUUCGCCGUCACCGACGACAAGGUUUCCAUCACGGAGCUGCGCGUGCACGCCGUGUCGGGGCUGACCCUGUCCCUGCAGCCCAGCCCGGGGAACAGCCACACCAUGGUGGCCAAGGCCGGCGGCCUGCAGACGCUCGGCGCCCCCAAACAGGAGGCCAGUUUUUCCGUGUGGAUGCUCUUCAGCGACAACACAGCCGCCACGCUGACGUACUUCGACCCCAAAGACUACAACCUGAACGCGUCCACGCUGGACGACAAGGUGGUGUCGGUGUCGCAGGAGCCGCAGCAGCGCUGGCCGGUGGUGGUGGCGGAGGGCGAGGGGUCCGGCGAGCUGGUGCGCCUGGAGAUGACCAUCUGCGAGGCCUGCCAGAAGACCAAGCGCAAGAGCGUCAUCGCGUCCGCCGCCGUCUACGUCAAGGUCCGCUUCGGCCCCGAGGAGGACUCGGAGGAGGAGGUGACCACGGAGGGCGAGGCGGAGCCGGCGCCCGUCACCCGCCGGCCGAUGGUCGAUCCCAACGCCGGCGGCAGGAUUUACGAGACGUCCAACGAGCAGCCGGCCAGCGUUCCCAUCGAUUACACCAACUUCCCCACCGUCAGCAACCGGGAGCCGCCCACCGAGAGCGGCGAGGAGGAGGACGACGACUUCGUGCACUCGCCCCGGAACAUGACCGACCUGGAGAUCGGCAUGUACGCCCUGCUGGGCGUCUUCUGCCUCGCCAUCCUGGUGUUCCUCAUCAACUGCAUCGUGUUCGUGCUGAAGUACCGACACAAGCGGAUCCCGCCGGAGGGCCAGGCCAACAUGGACCACUCCCACCACUGGGUGUUCCUGGGGAACGGCCAGCCGCUCCGGGCGCAGUGCGACCUGUCGCCGCAGCAGGCGGAGAGUCCCGGCAACGCCCUGGAGGGCGUGCAGACCUGCUGCCACGGCGACCACCACAGCAGCGGCAGCUCGCAGACCAGCGUCCAGAGCCAGGUGCACGGGCGGGGCGACGGCAGCUCGGGCGGCUCCACCAAGGACAACGGCGAGGACGCCAGUUCGCCCACCUCCAAGCGCAAGAGAGUCAAGUUCACCACCUUCACCACCCUGCCCACGGAGGAGCUGCCCUACAACUCCAUCCCCAUCGCGGACGAGGAGGACAUUCAGUGGGUGUGCCAGGAUAUGGGCUUUCAAGACCCCGAGGAACUGCAUGACUACAUGCGCCGAAUAAAGGAAAUAGCCUGAGAUCCCAGGCACUUUCUAAGAAGAACGUUCCUUUCUAUUUUUCUCUUUUUCACAGACUGAAAGGCCAGCCGUUGUUUUGGUUCGUAGGGUUUGUUCCAUUUAGUUUGCACAGUGCUGUAAAAUCAUACACGCUCACACAGAGAACGCGGGAAAGCCGAGGACUGCAGCGGAGGACUCACCCGAGGAAUCUGCUGGUCUCGGCUGAGGCGGACAUGUCUGAUGGGGAAGCUGAGCCAUGAAGGGAGCCUGACAGGGCCGGGAGCGAGGCGGCGUCUCCACGGGACUCCACAGUGCUGCACUGACUCCCAACAAAGAGGCCUUUGAUGAACACCAAACUGUCAAAGACUCAUGAAAGCUUCAAAAAAAUCGUUUUGUUUUAUUUUGCCAAAGUAGGGAAAAAAAAAAAACUUUCAAAUGGCGAAACCGUCUUCAUCGUUGUUCUCGGUGCAGCACACUCAUGAUUUGUACUCAUUCCUUACAUUUUUCUACAUUUCCCAGGCGGUGGAACGCAGCGCCCUGCUCCUGCUCCUGAAAUCUUAAUGCCUUAUGAAAAACGGUCACGGUUCACUUCUCUCUCACUGCAGCCGGAGGCGGCGGCGUCGGGGCGUCCACGAUCGCCGUUCUCGGCGCCGGGUCCGAACGGAAACACAUCUUGUGCGCUGCGACGAUCUCUGGCGGUCUUUGCAUGGAUGAACGGGGAUCUCAAGGCACAAUCAGCAACGCUUUUUCGUUCCCAAAUUUGUAAAUGUUUAUAUUGUAAUUAUAUAAUCAUCCUUAGUCAUUACUAAACGGAAUAUGUUCCCAUGCAUCGCGCGCAUGUCGGGCCGGCGAACAUGCAGACAUUCCUCUCCAGUGUGUGUAAAUACCAAACCGGAGUCGCGUCGCUCGCCGCCAGAGGGACAAACUGCUGCAGAUCUUUGAUAGUCUGGUGGCGGGUCGACGGUUCCUCCCGCCCACGCUAACGUCAUGAUUUUUAACAAAAACUGGUAAUCUGACUGUUUGGGGAUUUGCUAUGCAUCCGAAUCUUUUCAUGGUUUAGUUUCGCUCGACUUCAAAAAGUCCCGGAAACGUUCUCACUGAGCACAAGAUCCUGGAACCUCUGCAGGAAACCACGUCCCGAACCAAGAACCAAGCUGACUCCUUCGCCCCGCGGCCUCGCUGUUUCUGUUCUUAGACGCGUCGUGUUACAUAUGUGGUCCCUCAUUAGUUCGGUACGGAUUUGCUUCGCUGCACAAUGUGAACAGGGCGCGCUCCAGUGGCAUGCUGGGAAAUGGGAAAGCUACAACUUACCAGUCCGUGAAAGUUCAACAGAUACGUGAUAAAAAAUCCUUCAGAUUAUUAGCAUUAGCAACAGCACUGGAAUCAACUCGUUGAGGGUUGUACGUUUUAAAAAAGUCUCCUGAAAUUUAAGAGUUGGCAGCCAUUUUCCAAGAUGGCCGCCUUUUUGAGCUCAAUGUUUUCUCCAGGUUUGUUUGUUGGGUUGAUUUGUGUUUUAUGACUAUGAAGAAGUCAAAUGUUCAUCUCUCUAGUGUGUUGUGCUGUGUGAGAAGACGAGACGAGAACCAAGACUCCGUUCACCAGCAGCGCUUCAGAGAAGGUUCACGUUUCCAUGGAAACGACCGGAACACUGACAGUGAUGUUGCUUUCCUGGUGGUCCACUACCGGUGCUGUCGAUUGUUUAAGCAAUGGAACCACACACACACAAACACACACACACACACACACACAGAACAAACACUCUGAACAUUAACAAUGGGAAAGCCUCUACUGAGCAUGUCCAGACGCUGUUUACUGCAUGUGCACUAGCAGCGUUUCAGAAAAGUUGCGUUUUGACCCUGUUUCCAUGGAGACGGGGUCACUGCAUUUUCAAAAAGCUGAAUCCUUCUGAGCCGUUUCCAAAAUACUUGUGUUUUCAGUGACUCCGAGCUCCGUUGUGGUGUGAACAGAAACCCAAAACGCAACGGCAGUUCAGCGUUUUCACUUCAAAUGAGCCCCAGGAGCUAGCUCCCUGUCUCCUGGUUUAUCAGACAUAAUUAGCCUGCUGUUUCUCGUGUAGACGCCGUCUUCAUCCAGAGGUGGGUGAACAGUCACGCCGCUGCUGCUGAGGCAGCUGGGAGGACGGUUGCUGGAGCCUCUGACUGUACUAAUCAACAGCGCUCGAUGAUUGCUGCUGUGUGGAAGCGUUAAUUGCCGCCCGAUCCAUAUUUCCUGAUUUGGCCAAACCCUUCGGACGGCGCUCGACAGCAGCUGAUCGCGUCUGUAAUUGCGGCUGCCCCGCUCUGCCUCUGCGGUCCUGGACUGGAUAACUGGGGCUGACUUCUGAAGGUUAAGGCUAUUCCUGCUCUGAUCUUACAUGAAACGACUUCCCUUUCAGGACUAAUGAGACAAGCGCCACGGAGAAAUCACUCCCCAUGUUACAUUUCUUCUCCGUUCUGUACCGUGCAUCUGAGGGCCGCGAUUCUUCUUUUAUGUUAAUUGACUGACUGAUUCUUAGUGAUCCUGUGAGCAAACAAAUGCUACCUGCUCCGUCUGCGGCGCUAAUGACUGUCGGCGCCAUUUGUCGCUCAGAACUGUCAGUCAGAAUGUGCUUUGUUGCCAUUAUAGCUCAUUUCCCGUCCCUGUGGUGUCGGUAAAGACCCGAUCCACCGCCACUCUCAUCGUGGCAGCUCUGUUAUGCAAAUAUCUUCUUCUUAAAGGACCGGAGUGUCGAAUUAAAGACUUGAUUCGUACAUGAGAGGGAGGCUGAGGACUGCUGGAACACGUCCAGUCCUCCAGUCAGGGACGAGUCAGGAGGAACCGGGGCUUCUUUUUAACAUUUAACUCAUUAAAAUCAGACAAAUACACCAGAUUUCUUUUGUACCACUGCUCAAUGCCCCACUCCCUGUUUGGUUUCUUCAAUUUUAAUCAUUGAACUUUGAGCAUUUCUGCACAUUUUAUUGAUUUUAUUAGAUUCUCAUAUUUCAUGUAUCUGUGCAGCAGCGUUAACAAAUGGAGCUGAGUUUGAAUUUGUUAUUGAUAUUUAGUUACUGAAAUGACUGACGUUCUCAAUCAGUGGUGGAAAAAGACCUGGAAGCUGAAAUUAGACUCAACUAUAGGUAUGAAGUAUUGUAGAAUACUUAAAUACUCUUCUAAGAAAGUAUUAGCUACUUCCUAACUACAUUUAGUCACAGCUGAUUUCAUCCACGUCUGAAGGAAAAUAUAUUAAAUCACAGGAUGGAAAACAAAUAAUGCAAAGCAGACGUCGGAUCAACGGUUAGAAGAUUAAUUCAGUGUGUCACUAAACCAGCUGCAGGACGCUCCGAUCCGGCAGAACCAUCCAGAAAAUUGUCAAAAAUUCAAAGAAAGCGUCACUGAGAGCCGACCUGAGGGUUUUCGCUCCUGUGAAGCUGUUUCAGGCGUUCUGUUGUCACUCAGUGACAUCUAGUGGUGGCUGGGGGUAUGGACCGGUGUGUGUUCUCCUCCCAUUGCUAAUGAUUCCAGUGUAUUGUUCCCUGCGGAGUGUGUGGUUUCAUGACAGUAACGACCAGCAGCACCAACUAGUGGAGCAACAUGAGAACUGCAUGGUUUUCAAAACGUUGCAGAAGUGAAACUUUUCUAAAAAGUAAAACACAAAAACGAAGCGUUGCAGUAUGAACGGGUUCUCGGUUCUGGACGGUCCCCUUCAUCAGGAAGCCUGGACGGGUUUUCCAGCUCCCGCCCCUCUUUAGCUGAUGUUAUUAGCGAGAAGCCUCUCAGGACGCUCCAGGUCCAGGUCCAGGUCCAGGUCCAGGUCCAGGUCCAGGUCCUGAUCCUGAUCCUGAUCCAGUGUGCUCAUGUCGCUUUGUGCAGUUGAACUGAGUGGAGCCCUGGUUUUCAAAGUGUGGGGCGGGCCUCGCCUGGGGUCAUCCGAGAGCCCCGGAGGGGCAACGCAUAAAAACCAGGGAGGGGGUCUGGAGGGUCCUGCGUCCCAGCAUCAGGAAGAGAAUCAGGGACGGGGAACCUCCAGGGAAAACCUGCUUCACUGGUCCGUUUACACGACGGCACACUCAGAGACACUGAAAACACAACUUCCUGGAAACUGAGAUUUUUAAAUCCUCAUCAAUCACAGAAUUUCCUGGUUAAUUAUUAAUGAAAUAUUGAUUUAUGGUGAUUAUUUCAAUUUCAGUUAUUUUGCAAUUCGAGGCAGUUUUAAAUCCAUAAUGUAAAACAUUUCUUACCCGACUCUUAAUUAGGAAUCAAAUGAACACGAGGAAAAAUUGUUCUUUUUGACCUUUUGUAUUUUCCUUCAAAAUAAAGUUCCAUGUUCUCUAACUGGUCUACUUUGAAAAAAAAAAAACCUUUAACAGCAAGCUCCAGCGGUGAUGUCCCAUAAUGCACCUGUACUUCAAAGUCCCACUAAGAAUAAAAUUAAAUGAAUUCACGAGAGCUGAGAUUCAGAACUGCCUGAGUUCUACGGUUUCUCUUCUUCAACCAUAAUGAGAUAAAAACAAAUUAAUCUGUUGAGACUAAUUAAUCGUGAUUAAAGGCGGUCUGGAGGCGCCCUGCUCUCUGCAGCACGUGUUUGUGGUUCCAUUAGCGGAACCAUCAGCGCCACCCAGGGAACCGACAGGAGAACCACACCGUUCUCACUGGUUUUCACGACGCUGCCGUCGAAACGUGAAACUCUUCUGAAACAUAAACCGGGUGGAGGCGGGACCCGGGCGGCCUGACGGAGUCUCUGCUCCGGCAGCUCCAGGAAGACGUGUCUCUUGUCCCCUGCUCAUUCGAGUCCCGGUGUUUUUAAAAAGUGUUCCUUUUGAUCAUUCUUGUGUGAAUUCCACGUCUGUUCUGGGUUCCGCUGCACCUCAAGCUCAUUGUUCUAGUUUUCUUUUUGCUCUCAAGCUGCUAGUAGAACCGGGGUCCCCCCACACCUGUGAUGGAGAUCUUGAACUGUAUGGACCCCCCACCCACCUCACCCCUCCCCCAUGGUGAACUGUGCACGGCGUGCACGGCGUGCACGGCUCGGCCGGCUGUGCCAAGUGACCACCACACUGACUAUGAUAUUGUAAUGUACAGAGCACUGUUGGAUUUCCUGUAUUCUCUGAGAAACAAACCUUGUAUUUUCCCGUUAUCUGUAAACUACUAAAGAAAAUGCAA